CCGCUUUAAUCACGUGUGGGGGUUUGUGCCACGGAAUAAGCAAGUACACCUUGGAAUCAUAACAAUAGCCUUGUAUUUAAGGUUUGCGACCCACUGAGAUUUGCCUUCGCUAUUUAAUCGCUGUAGCUGUACUCUACAAUGCGUCGGAAGCGUCACCAAGCCUCAGCAACCGCCCUAGCUCCAGAUCCAGAUCCAGAUCCAGCCCCAAAGCGGACUCGCAGUGCCCCGACUCCAGCUGCUUUCUUUGCAACCCUUCCUAGGGAAUUGCGCGACAAGAUAUACCACGAGAUAUGGAAGACCAAACCUCCGUUCGAAGUUACAUUGGGACACAACAGCAUCGAGGACGUCGAGGCCUAUAUUUUCAAGGUCGUUUACGAAAGUUCCGCCAGACCUCAACAUGAGCCAGAGGUUAAACCAAGUUCGGCAGUGCUAGCUCAGAAAAAGACUAAGCCAUGGUACCUAGCUAGUAAACGAAUGCUCUCAGAAGUCAUGGAGCAGUUUAACCACCAGGCGACAUGGAAGUUCAUCGCCUUCCACUCCAACUUCAAGGACCGCCAACCCGCCGUCUGGAGGCCGCCCAAAGCCAGGACCCGACCCACUCGUCAAAGUCCCAUCCUACUGUCGCUGCAUGGCGCAUCUUCGAUCGACCUGUCCGUUGACUUGGAGCUGUUUCUCUACAGCGAGAUAGGCUCGAAUGAACGACCACAGAACAGCAUCAUAUUCUACCACACCACGAUUUCACUCCUAACAGCUAUGCGAUCGGCCCUAGCCGGAACGACGACACUCAGACACCUCUCUUUAGUCCUGAUCCCGACUACUUGGGGGGAAACAGAGAAUUCCGGUCCUAUUGAUAUAGUCCUUGGUCCCCUUAACCACUUCGAUACGCCCAGUCUUCAGUCUCUGCAGGUUACUGUGCGACCUACAUGGUGGUUUUCCAAAAGUGACCGGUUGAUGCAGAGUAUAAGGGAGAGUGUCGAGGCCAUGGGGAAGCGCAUGAUUAGUAGUGAUGUUGUGCGAGAGACGUUUGAAGACGUGGGCACACCACUUGAAGAAAGCUUCGUCGCUACAUUGGACCGGCAGGAACAGGUUGCUUCGGGGAUGGAGUGGAGGUUUGUGUUCAGUCGUUAGCCUACGUUCAACUUCAAGGAGUUGGAAACAGGGGAUAAUUCUUGACGGGCGGUUUCUAGGAAAAGGGGAUACUGGGUAGUCAAGUCACUGGAUUGGAUAUGGUCGAGGAAAACGAGCGGGGAAGGAACAACAGUGUCUUUUGAAGACUUAGAGCAGACGCUCAUGUAUGAUGCAAUGUGAUGUGUCGCUAUACUAUGUCCAUGCACAUAGAUCAAGU